AUGGAACCCGGUGUUCUUGAUGCCUUUAGCCGCCUAUGGGGUACAGACGAGUUGCUCGUCAGUUUCGACUGCCUGAACAUCACCCUCCCGAACCGACCUGAUCUGCCGGCCAGAAAGGCAUGGGAGCACAUUGAUCAGAGCCCGAUGAAGCGCGGGGUUCAUUGUGUUCAGGGAAUCAUCAAUCUAUCACCCAAUGGCCCCGAGGAUGGAGGUCUAGUAGUGUACCCAGGGUCCCACAAGCUUAAUGACGAGUUCUUCGACACUCAUCCCGACGUUGCCCUCCUGCCAAACAACAAAGACGUCUACCUCUUCUCCAAAGAGGAGUUGGCCUGGUUUGAAAUUCGCGGACUGCGCCCGCACAAGGUGUGCGCCGAUGUUGGCGACCUGAUCAUGUGGGAUUCUCGAGUCAUUCACUACGGCUCAGAUCCUACACCCUCAGGAGACACAAUCAGAACGGCCAUCUACGGGACGUAUCAGCCGGCGAGACUUGCGAGUCCGGAGCAGUUGGCGCUGAAGAAGAACAAGUUCGAGCACUUUGGCAGCACGACGCACUGGCCUUAUGAACACAUCACAGCUGGUCCUACCUACGCUAUUCUGCCGGACGGAACAAGGGAUCCUCAUGAUCGUGACGAGCCACUCGAGAAGCCGUACCUCACGGACAAGCUACUGAAGCUCGCGGGUGCCAGACCAUAUUAG